AUGGACGUCUCAAAAUUCAUCACUGACGUCGCCAGUAGACGGAAGUCUAGCAUUCUUCAGCAAUGGUCCACAAAAGCCUCGAGUAAAGCUUCCUCAAUAAACUUCGCCAUUGGAAUGCCAAACGCAGACACAUUUCCUAUGGAAGAGAUUACAGUGACAUACAACGAUGGCACCAAAGUGAAAUUAGUAGGCCAAGAGUUGUCUCAAUCGCUUCAAUAUGGCCCUUGCCAGGGUCACCUGCCACUGCAAAAGAAGAUACGAGAGUUUCAAGAGUACUGGCAUAAACCAAAGUACCCUGAUUGGGACAUACACAUAAUAUCAGGAUCGUUGGAUGGAUGCACCAAGGUUUUCGAAAUGACCCUGGAACCUGGGGAUCCUGUGAUGGUUCAAGUACCGACGUAUACCGGAAUCCUCCAUGCGCUUGGACCUCUGGUACCAGACUUUAUUGGUAUCAGGCAGGACGACGAUGGAAUAAUCCCUGAAGAGAUAACCAGAGUUUUUGAAGAGAGAUUGCGUGAUAAAAGACCAUUGCCUAAAGUCAUCUAUGUGAAUCCUACAGGAGCGAAUCCAACAGGCACAGUUCUUCCCAACUCUCGCAAGAAGAAGAUCUACGAGCUAAGCCAGAAAUACGAUUUCUUAAUUCUCGAAGACGACGCCUUCUUCUUCCUUCAUUUCCUCGACGAAAGACCAAAGUCCUUCCUGGAGUUUGACACAAAAGGUCGCGUGAUACGUUUCGAUUCCUUCAGUAAAAUAUUCAGCGCUGGACUCCGACUAGGCGUUGUCACAGCUCAUCGUGGAUUUAUCGAGAAAUUGAUCGCACACGCGGAGGUAACGUCCGUGCAUGCCGCUUCUCUGUCUCAGAUGCUGUUGUACAAAUUCUUGGAAACGCGGGAUAUGGAAACGUUGCAACAACACUUUGAUACUAUUCGAAGGUUUUAUCGUGAAAGGCGUGACAUUAUGUUGGCCAUCAUCCAAAAGCAUCUAGCAGGAUUAGUAGAAUAUGUAAUACCGAAAGGUGGAAUGUUCGUUUGGAUGAAAGUGAUCGGACUGGACGAUGUAAUGGAUUUGGCAGCGAACAAAUGUUCUUCUCGCGAUGUACUUUUUCUACCUGGCCAUGCACACAACUAUGAUCUAUCACAACCUGAUCAAUAUAUUAGGCUUAGCUAUACUAACACAAGUGCGGAAGAAAUGGAGAAGGGGAUCUCUAUUCUGGCAAAGAUGCUACGAGAAGAGAUUAACGAAAAGACUAGAAGGAAGUCUUAAUAUUUCGGAGAUCAAAUAGUGUUAAUUUUCUUCUGUUGGCUUAAUUAAAUACAUAAUGGUUUUAUAAGAAUUAAAUAAUAUAUAUAUAAGAAUUAAAUAAUGAUAUAUACAAUAUAGUUGGAUACGAUACAAGCGGUGAAUCAUAAAUCUUGAUUUAUAAUUUGUUUAUAAUAAAUAUGUCACUGCCAAUGGUUGCCGCAUGAAAGGGGUACCUCUGCUCCUACGAGAUGAUAACCGAACCGACAAGUAGGCUAGUAUCGGUUGCCGCAUACAGGGGUAGCUUAGCGCCUACGAGAAGGCAACCGGACCGACAUACCAGCUAACACAGGAUGCCGCAUGACAGGGGUACCUCAGCGCCUACAGUGUAGCAACAGGGACUACAAACAAACUAACUUCGGUUGACAUCUAACAGGGGCAUACUCGCGCUUACUUGAUGACAACUAACAUUUCGUUCGCCUAUCGUUCAGGCCGCGUCGAUCAUCGGUAAGUGACACUAAUUUUUCGUACAUAUUUGGACACCUACUAAAACCUUCAAACAUCCUUUAAGAACUCUUGAAACCUUUUAACAUCUAAUACGUUCUAACAUUUCCUGACAACUUCUGACACCCCCUAACACAUUCCACAUAUUCUACUAGCUCAUAACACUUCCUGACAUCACCUGCAACAUCCUAACACCACCUAAUAUCUCCUAAUCCUGAUAUCGAAAUAUAAAAUCCUGUCGAAAUUAAAAAUUGUACCACCUCUUCGCAUAUCAUGUUAUCCUGAUACAAAAAGGUAAGUUUCGAGACAAAUAUAAAAAUUGUGUCACCUCUUCGAGUCCCGUAUUCGCCUGAUACAAAAAGGUAAGUUUUAAGGUAGGUAAGUAACAAUCCGACA